AUGGACAUGUGGGGCCCAGCCCGCUCAUUCUCUCAUCCUGUGCUCCGCUUCUCUCAUCCUGUGCUCCGCUUCUCUCAUCCUGUGCUCCGCUUCUCUCAUCCUGUGCUCCGCUUCUCUCAUCCUGUGCUCCGCUUCUCUCAUCCUGUGCUCCGCUUCUCUCAUCCUGUGCUCCGCUUCUCUCAUCCUGUGCUCCGCUUCUCUCAUCCUGUGCUCCGCUUCUCUCAUCCUGUGCUCCGCUUCUCUCAUCCUGUGCUCCGCUUCUCUCAUCCUGUGCUCCGCUUCUCUCAUCCUGUGCUCCGCUUCUCUCAUCCUGUGCUCCGCUUCUCUCAUCCUGUGCUCCGCUUCUCUCAUCCUGUGCUCCGCUUCUCUCAUCCUGUGCUCCGCUUCUCUCAUCCUGUGCUCCGCUUCUCUCAUCCUGUGCUCCGCUUCUCUCAUCCUGUGCUCCGCUUCUCUCAUCCUGUGCUCCGCUUCUCUCAUCCUGUGCUCCGCUUCUCUCAUCCUGUGCUCCGCUUCUCUCAUCCUGUGCUCCGCUUCUCUCAUCCUGUGCUCCGCUUCUCUCAUCCUGUGCUCCGCUUCUCUCAUCCUGUGCUCCGCUUCUCUCAUCCUGUGCUCCGCUUCUCUCAUCCUGUGCUCCGCUUCUCUCAUCCUGUGCUCCGCUUCUCUCAUCCUGUGCUCCGCUUCUCUCAUCCUGUGCUCCGCUUCUCUCAUCCUGUGCUCCGCUUCUCUCAUCCUGUGCUCCGCUUCUCUCAUCCUGUGCUCCGCUUCUCUCAUCCUGUGCUCCGCUUCUCUCAUCCUGUGCUCCGCUUCUCUCAUCCUGUGCUCCGCUUCUCUCAUCCUGUGCUCCGCUUCUCUCAUCCUGUGCUCCGCUUCUCUCAUCCUGUGCUCCGCUUCUCUCAUCCUGUGCUCCGCUUCUCUCAUCCUGUGCUCCGCUUCUCUCAUCCUGUGCUCCGCUUCUCUCAUCCUGUGCUCCGCUUCUCUCAUCCUGUCAAGCGCCGCGCAUGUGGGCGCGCAGUGCUGUUGGAGGACGCCUUCGCCGCGCUGCUGGACGCCAGGCGCGCGGGGGAGGGCGGGGGGGAGGGGGGGAGGAGCAGGGGCAGGCAGGGCAGUGCGGAUGCUGUGGGUGAUGCUGUGAGGGGCGGGGAGGGUGGGGCAGCAGAGCAGCGAGGCGAGAGGGGAGGCGGCGAGGACGAUGACUGGUCAAGCAUUUCAGGGUCGGAGGACGAGGGGGGGGGAGACGACGCGGACGACGGGUGGCCGCAGCAGCAGCAGCAGCAUGCGGGGGGGGAGGGCAGGGUGGCAGUGGCAGGGCGGGGGGCGAAGGUGCACUUCGUGCUGCCCCACACGGGCGUCACUUUCGCCCUCUGGCGCGUGCUCUUCCCCCCAGGUGCGCUCUUCCCCCCAGGUGCGCUCUUCCCCCUAGGUGCGCUCUUCCCCCCAGGUGCGCUCUUCCCCCCAGGUGCGCUCUUCCCCCCAGUUGCCCACCUCCCCACUGUGCGCGCUUCCCACCUCCACUGUUCUCUGCUGUUCCCAUCUUCCCCCUUCCUCCCCCUCCUCUCCCCCCUCCCCCUCCUCUCCCUCCUCCCCCUCCUCUCCCUCCUCCCCCUCCUCUCCCUCCUCCCCCUCCUUCCCCUCCUCUCCCUCCUCCCCCUCCUCCCCCUCCUCUCCCUCCUCCCUGUCCUCCCCGUCCUCCCCGUCCUCCCCGUCCUCCCCGUCCUCCCCGUCCUCCCCGUCCUCCCCAUCCUCCCCGUCCUCCCCGUCCUCCCCGUCCUCCCCGUCCUCCCCGUCCUCCCUGUCCUCCCCGUCCUCCCCUGCCCCGCUGCAUGCCUGGGCCGCCCUGUCCCACCAGAGCAGGGUGCGGAUCUGCUGCAGGCGCUGGUGGCGCUGGGGGAUGGCGCAGGGGGGGCGCACGGGGGAGCAUUCAGAGGAGGGGGGGAGGGGAGUGCGGAGGCUGGAGGAACGGAUGCGGGAAGGAGCGCGGGCGGCCACUUUGCUGCCGUGGUGCUGGACGCUGCCUCUCACGGUGCUGUGCUCGCCCACCGCUCCUUCCACCGGUGCGACGGGAGGGCGGAGGGGGGUGGAGUAGUGGGGGGAGAAGGAGAGGACAUCCGCACCCUGCUGCAGCAGUGGCAGCCCUACCUGGCGCGCGCACAGUUCAUCUUCGUGCACGCCACCGCUCCCAACCGUGCUGCACUCUUUGGCACCGCGGCAGAGGCGCAUGCUAGCCGGGGCACAGCAGGGGCGGGGGCAGCGCUGCUGGCGGCGCGCGACCCGCGCGUGCGGCGGGUGCCGUUCCCCGUGCGGCGCCCCACGGUGAAGGAGGCGCUGCGCGUGGCGCACUCGCUGGCUCACGUGCACGUGCUGGGGUGGGCGGGCAGGGCCGAGCGUGGCGACCACGGGGAGGUGGGGGUGAGUUGCGGGGAGGAGGUCGCGCUGGCUGUGGCUGUGGCUGCGGCUGGCAAAGGGGUGGCGGCAGUGAGUGCGAGGGACGAGGGGGCAGAGCACAGCAAGGGAGAGGGUGGGGCGCAGGGGGGAGAGAGGGAGGUGGAGGGGUGGUUUCAGAGCAGUGGGAGACGAGGUGAUGCGAAUGUGGAGAGCUACUACUCCUAG